AUGAGAAAAAAGGUGGGUUCAGCAGUACUUUUAUUGCAAAUUAAAUUAAGAAAACAUUCAAAAUCGCUAAUUAGCCAGCAGAGUUUCACUUUACAUUUACUUUACAGCUUGAAAUGGCACAGUACACCGGAUCCACAAACCAUUGCCAGAAGUCGUUUCGAGGUCCUCCGACAAGCAACAACAGACACAUUCUGUGGGUCUCCAAGUCCAGUUAACGUCAAUUCUGACACAACAGAAAAUUGGUCGUUUUCGGUAAGAUUCCACAUCAACAAUCGAUGAUCAGCACCCAAACUCAGUAGAUGACUUUGAUUAUCCAGACUAAUGACCUUGACAACAGCAGCAAAGUGUUUUGCGGCCGAGGCAAUCCAACUUCCUUCAAAAUCAGCUAAACGGAUGCUGCCAUCGUCUCCAGCAACCACAAUUCGAUUUUUCAGCACGGUGACCGAGUUAGCUGCGCAGGGAACCAAUGAUUUAGUAAUUGGGUUCUCAACUUCAAGUUGGAUAGUGAACCUGGUGUUCAGAAGGACACCAUUUAGUAAAUCAACUUCAAGCCCAGAUACCGUUCCAACUGUAUUAGUAUAA